AAGCAAUUAACUUCCUUGUUGAAUCGAAACUAAAUCUUUGAGAAAUGAUUAACGCAUAUAUUUUCGUCGAUAAUGUGUGAUGGCACUAACAGACCUGAGAUUUUUACUGAUGGCGUCCUUUUCGCUAGGAUUGUGCCUAGAUUACAGUUCACGCUGGCAGUAAAAUGUCGAGUCGUAGGUAUUCUGUGGACAGUGUGGCAAUGGCUAGGGCAGGCAGGUCAACUACCUCACAGUGGAUGGGCGACAACACGCAGAGCCAGGACUUUGUCCCCUUUGCACGGCAGCAGUACCUGCUCAUAAACCUCCUGGAUGACUUCAAACGUGUCAUGGAGCCACGCGACGACGAGUUUGUCGAUCAGCUGAUCACUUCUUGUGCCUUGCACGUGGAGGAUCGGGGAGAAGUGUGCGACCCCUUGUGCACCAAUCGAGAUCGCGUGUACCGGCUGUGGGAUCGUCUGAAGAGGGUGCCGCCCUCCAAGUUCUUCGAUAUCGUCGUGCCUCUGCUGCAAACCAUGUACCCUCAUCUGGUCUCGCUAGCGAUGCCAGAGGACAAAGACCUGCCGGAGAUGUGUUUGCGGGAUGUUGUCCUCAAUGUUCUACAUUUUGACGACAUUGCUGAUGACCUGCUCAAGAACAAAAUAAUAAAAAUAAUUGAUCACGGUGACACCAAGCACAAAGGACCACUGACAAUGAAGUGGGCUCAUUUGUUAAACAUAUUGAAACAAAAGGCCAGGUCGAGCAAAUGUGAAAAACUGAGUGAGAUCUUUGCAAAGCAUCUCAUCAAGUAUGAGAUCUCAGUUCCACCGGAUUUAUCCUAUCAACUAUCCUGCGGCCUGCCUUGUACCUGUUCAGAUGAAGUCGAUGGGAACUACCACUCAAAACUGGGAGGACUCCGCUGUCUGCUGUCGUGUUUCAUGCCCACUGGACACAAGAAAUCAACUGAGAGAACACCAGGACGACGACAACAAAAGCAGCAAGAGAAGUGUGACAUUCCGGAUGGGUUGCGUCGCAGUCUUGCCUCCGAGGGUCUGACGACGAGCAGGGCCCGUGUACCUAACGGAGGAACUCUUCCAUCAUCCUCCAGCUUCUCAUCUCUGUUUGCAACGGUCAAAAGUGCCGAUAGGUUCUACUGGGGGCAACCCAGCAGGGUCCAGGAGCCGUGCGAAUAUGUCGUCGACGAUUAUUCAACGCCAGCUCUACCUGCAGAACGUUACAGAGGCCUUAUGGUCAGCAACAACUCUUUUCUAUCCACGACCGACGUUAGUGAGAGAGAAUUUGAACCCCGCUCACGCACCGUGUCUGUCAGCAGUCAUUUCUCUGGCAGUUCUGCUGUUUUUGGAACAAACAGGACCAGCCUUAGGGCCCGCAACUUCUUUUUUCCAUCCACGUCGGACGUUAGUAAGAGAGACUUUGAACCCCGCUCGCGCACCAUGUCUGUCAGCAGUCAUUUCUCUGGCAGUUCUGCUGUUUUUGGAACCGAGAGGACCAGCCUUAGGGCCCGCAACUCUUUUCCAUCCACGUCGUACGUUAGUGAGAGAGGAUUUGAGCCCCAAUCACGCCCCAUGUCUGACAACAUUUAUUUCUCUGGCAGUUCUGCUGCUUUUGGAACCGAGAGGACCAGCCUUAGGGCCCGCAACUCUUUUCCAUCCACGUCGUACGUUAGUGAGAGAGGAUUUGAACCCCAAUCACGCCCCAUGUCUGACAGCAGUCAUUUCUCUGGCAGUUCUGCUGCUUUUGGAACCGAGAGGACCAGCCUUAGGGCCCGCAACUCUUUUCCAUCCACGUCGUACGUUAGUGAGAGAGGAUUUGAACCCCAAUCACGCCCCAUGUCUGACAGCAGUCAUUUCUCUGGCAGUUCUGCUGCUUUUGGAACCGAGAGGACCAGCCUUAGGGCCCGCAACACUUUUCCAUCCACGUCGUACGUUAGUGAGAGAGGAUUUGAACCCCAAUCACGCCCCAUGUCUGACAACAUUUAUUUCUCUGGCAGUUCUGCUGCUUUUGGAACCGAGAGUGUAAUGUACUGCAAUGUGUGUCCUGCGCGCAAUGGUUCACUUUACUCGCAUGCACUCGUCCAGCAUGCGCCCACACGCUUAAUUACAACACAUUCCUAUAUAGAAACUUUGGUAUGAAUCAAAAGAAUAUAAUUAAACAAAAAGUGCAUACAUAUAUAUACAUAAAGA